GCGGGAUAGUCUUUAUCACAUCAUUUUACAUUUUUUAUUAAUUAUUAAAUAAACUGAUCUACUAAAAAGUAUGGAAAAUAAUUAAAAUAUUCUCAUCUGGUUACAUAAUUCGCAGUAAAAUUAAGUAAUUUGAAAAUCUGUAUUGAGGGUUAAAUAAUUUUUAAAAAAUGGACAGAGGUUAUACUACGAUAGAAGAAAAUAAUGUCGCUUACGAAUGGGAGAUUGAUAAAAUGGACUUUUUUCUCAAUAGUAAAAAUAGUUUUACACUCACUUCACCCAACUUCACAUCGGGAUCCCAAAUCCAAGAUACAUGGCGUCUUAAAUCAAUCUUUGAUUCUGAAGACGAUGUAAACUUUUACUUGUGUUUAACAAGUGAUCAUCACAAAUUGAAUACAAAAUUUUAUUUAUUUUUUUUUGAUAGUAAGAAAAAUAAAAUAGUUUCUAAAACAACGUAUUACAAAUCUUUCAGUAAAGGUGAAGAAUCGAAUUUAUCAAUAUCCAAAAAAAACUUAUUGGGUAAUGAAGAUACAUAUUUAUCUGAUAAUACUUUUACAGUGGGUAUUAAUCUUACUGUAUAUGGUGUCAUUACAACUGCCACAAAAGUUUUAUCAAACAUUCCAAAACAUCAAAUGGCUCACGACUAUACAGAACUGUACAACUCUAAAAUAAGUAGUGAUGUUAUUAUAAAUGUGGGUGAAAAAGAAUUCCAAGCCCACAAAAUUAUUCUGAUGGCACGAAGUCCUGUUUUAGCUGCGAUAUUUUCUCACGAAAUGAUUGAAAAGAAGGAUAAAAAAUUAACGAUAAGAGAUAUUAGUCCAGAAAUAUUCGAAAAAGUAUUGGAAUAUAUUUACACUGAUAAAGUAACUGGUCUGGAAGAGAUUGCUGAUGAUUUAUUAGAAGCUGCGGACAAGUAUCAGUUACUGUCACUUAAAAUUAUUUGUCAAGAAUCGCUUAGUGAAACUUUAACUGUUGAAAAUGCUUUGAAAAUAAUGACUUUAGCUGAUCGUCACAGCGCCAAACAUCUAUUGGAAUUCACAAAUACGCUUAUGGCAUCAAACAUCAAACAGAUUAUCGAGACUCAAAACUUUAAAGAAUUUAAAAAAUCAAAUCCUUCUUCAGCAUUGGCAAUAAUGGAAAAAUUCAUAGUUUGCAACAAAGGAGAUUAACUUAAAUAGUACAACUGCCAAUACGCAAAUUAACAAGUUGAUCAACAAAGAAGAUUUGAACUUAGUACAAUAACUUGGUGCUCAAUAUUUCAUAAUUUAAAUACUAGAGUAUUCGUCAUUCAAUAACUUCAAACAUAAUCAUUUAUUAUUACAAGCCUGAUAAAUCGAAAUUUAAAAUAUAAUAUAAAUAAAUUAGGAAUAAAGUUUUGAUUCAUAAUUCACCAUAA